GCAGCCGCUGUCCCGGGCGUGUCGGGCCCGCCGCGUCCGAGCGCCUUCAGUCAGCUGGUCUACACCAGCAACGACUCUUACGAGAUCCACUAUGGGGAUCUCAGGAAGAUCCACAAAGCUGCCUGGCAGGGCCGACACUGGAGGCUGCAGAAGAUGAUGAGCAAGAAGAGGAAGAGGAAGACAAUGAACCUGAACAGAAGAGAUGCGAAGAAGAGGACCGCGCUACACUUAGCCUGUGCCUACGGCCAUGAGGAAGUGACAGCUUUACUGGUAGACAACAAAUGCCAGCUUGACGUCUGUGAUGGCGAAAACAGGACACCUCUGAUGAAGGCUCUACAAUGCCAGAAGGAGGGUUGUGCAAAUAUUCUGAUAGAUUCUGGUGCUGAUCCAACUAUCGUAGAUGUGUAUGGCAACACAGCUCUCCAUUAUGCUGUUUAUAGUGAGAGUUUGUCAAUGGUGGCAAAACUACUGUCCCGUGGUGCAGACAUUGAAGUGAAAAACAAGGCUGGCCUCACACCACUUUUACUGGCCGUAACUAGAAGAAAUGUGCAAAUUGUGGAUUUUUUACUGACAAAAAAAGCAAAUGCAAAUGCAGUUAAUAAGUGUACAUGCACAGCCCUCAUGCUUGCAGUAUGUCAUGGAUCAUCAGAGAUAGUUGGCAGGCUUCUUCAGCAAAAUGUUGACAUUUAUGCUGCAGAUAUGUUUGGAAUGACUGCAGAACGUUAUGCUGUUGCUUGUGGAUUUGAUAACAUUCUUCAACAACUUUUGGAAUAUAAACAAAAGACAUCUGAACAUCCUCAAAAUAGCAAUCCAGAAGGAACAGCUGAAGAAACACCUGACCAGGCUGCACCCUUGGCGGAGGGAAUACCUGAUGCGGACGCACGCUUGGCAGAGGACACACCUGACAAGGCUGCACCCUUGGCGGAAGGAUCAUCUGACAAAAUUUGGUAUUUGAGGAAUGAGACAUCUGGAAAGAUUGAACAGUCAGCAGAGGAAACACCUCGGAAAAUUAUGAAGCAUGUAAAAGAAACAUCCGAGAAAUCUGCAUGGACAGCACAAGGAAGACCUAGGAAGAUCGCAUGGCCGGAAAAACUAAAGUCUAAAAGGACUAAACGCCUGGCAAGAGUAACAUUUUAUAAAACUGAAGUUGUGGAAACAAUAUCUAAGAUGAGCGAAUGUUCCACAGCAGAAACAUCUGCAAAAGCAAAUACAAAUGAGAAUGUGAAUUAUGUAAAGUCUAUAUUCAGCAAACCAUCUAUGGAAAAUUUACAGUCUACAAAAAUUGAGGAAGACUUCAGUCUUACUAACAAGGUUAACUCUGAGAGGGCUGCACAGAAUUAUGUAUGUUUACCUGAGGCUACAUAUGAAAAAGAAAUCAAGACAAUACAUGGAAAAAUAGAAGAUCAGAUGUUCCCAUCAGAAUCUAAAGAAGGGAAAGAUGAAAAAAAUUCUUGGGAUUCUGAGAGUCUUCCUGAGAGUGUUCAACAGAACUAUGUGUGUUUACCUGAGGCUACAUAUCAAAAAGAAAUCAAGACAAUAAAUGGAAAAUUAGAAGAGUCUCCUGAUGAACAUACUCUUCUGAAGCCUUUCUGUGGAAUGAAAGAUUCUAUUCCAAAUAAAGCAUUAGAAUUAAAGGACAUACAAUCAUUCAAAGCAGAGUAUGUGAGUUCUGUAGAGUUUCUACUGAGCAAACCGACUAUGGAAAAUUUACAGUCUAUAAAAGUUGAGGAAGACGUCAAUCUUGCUACCAAGAGGAGAGCAUUGAAGACAGUAAUUGGACAAGAAGAAAAUGAUAUUUGCAUUAUUGAACAAACUCCUCAAGAUCAAACAAAUAAGAUGCCCACAUCAGAAUCAGGACAAAAAGAAGAUAAGAAAUCACCUUCAGAUCCUGAGGUACUGUGUAUUGGUGAUCAUGCUGCACAGAAUUAUAUGUGUUUACCUCAGACUACAUAUCAAAAAGUGAUCAAGACAAUAAAUGGGAAAAUAGAAGAGCCUUCUAAGAAGCCUUCUGAUUUUGAGCCUGCCAUUGAAAUGCAAAACUUUGUUUCAAAUAAAGCCUUAGAAUGGAAGAAUGAACAAACAUUGGGAGCAGAUUCACCUAACCUAUCAAAAAUCUUGGAUGCAGUACCUUCUUGUAAAAGAGCAAGGGAACUUAAAAUAUAUCAUCGUAAACAACUUACAGAAAAAAUGAAACAAAUGAAAAAGAAGUUUUAUGAACUACAAGAGGAACUAUCAGAAACAAAAGAAAUAAAAUUACAGUUAGAGAACGAAAAAGUUAAAUGGCAGCAAGAGCUCUGCAGUGUGAGGUUUACUUUAAACCAAGAAGAAGAGAAGAGAAGAAAUGUCAAUAUGUUAAAUGAAAACAUUAAGGAAGAAUUAGAAAGAAUCAAAGAGCAACAUAGUAAAGAGUUAGAAGUGAAACAACAAAUUGAAAUGGCUCGCAGAAUUCAAGAUAUGGAAUUGAAGACUCUAAGAAGUAAUUUCAAUCAGGCCUCUCACACUCAUGAAAAUGAAAAUGAUCUCUUACCUGAAAAUUCCAUGUUUGAAAAGGAAAUUGCCACGCUAAAACUGGAAAGAGACACACUAAGACAUCUGAACCAGGAGAAGGAAAAUAAAUACUUUGAGGACAUGAAGAUUUUAAAAGAAAAGAAUGCUGAACUUCAGAUGACCUUAAAACAGAAAAAGAAAACAUUAACAAAAAGGGCAUCUGGAUAUUGUGAGCAACUUAAAAUUCUGACAGCAAAGAACACAAUGCUCACUUCUAAACUGAAGGAAAAGCAAGACAAAGAAAUACCGAAGACAGAAACUGAAUCAUAUCAUCCUAGACUGGCUUCUGCUGUACAAGACCAUGAUCAAAGUGUGACUUCAAGCAUAAAACAAGAACUUACUUUCCAUGCUUCAGGAGAUGCUCAUUUGCAAGAAAAAAUGAAUGUUGAUGUGAAUAAUAUAUAUAACAAUGAGAUGCCUCAUGAACCACUUUCUGAAGUUCAAAGUAAAUCCAAAAGCCCAAAAAUGACCAAUUAUGCAGGAGAUGCUGUAAUAGAAAAUACAUUGGUUUUAGAACAUGCACAAAGAGACCUAAGUGAAAUACAGUGGCAAAUAAAGAAAGCCGAAUACAUGUAUGAAAAUGAAGAAGAUAAUGUGCACACACACACUGAACAGCAGGAGUCUCUGGAGCAGAGAUUACUUCAACUAGAAAGGAAAAAUAUGUGGCUUCAACAGCAAUUAGUUCAUGCAUAUAAGAAAGCUAAUAACAGAAGCAAUAUAACAAUUAAUAUUAGGUUUCCUGAGAGGAAAAAGCAAUAUCAUGUCCUAAAAGAGAAAAAUGAAGAGAUAUUUAAUGACUGUAACCAUUUAAAAGAACGCAUAUAUCAAUAUGAAAAGAAAAAGCAGAAAGAGAAGUAAGUCAUUAUAAGACAACUUCAAAAAAAAUUGGCUGAUCUCAAUAAACAGUGUGUGUCUGAGGCUUCACUAGCGGUUACAUCACAUUGUCACAUGAAUCUCCAAAAUGAGAUACAGGAUUCAAUGAAGAAUUUAUUUGAAAUCAAAAGUCAAAAUAGGGAUUUUCAACCAACAGUACAGGUUCUCCUGUGGCGUUGCAUCUUGAUAAACCCAUUAUAA